ACUGCCUGUUAGUGCUGCAACAUGGAUGGACAUCGAGCUAAACUCGUGUUCUGCCUUUUUCUGUGCUUAGGUGCCUUUAGGGUCAGGACCAGCACAGUUCUGGAUCUCUACACCAAGACUGAAGGUGCCUGGUUGCUCUCUUUGCCCAAAACUCAGUACUCAGUAAAAUCUGCAGAGGAAUGUGCACAGAAAUGUAAUUCCGAGUCAGCAUUUACAUGCAGGUCCUUUAUAUAUAAUGAAAAGGAUCAGGACUGCACGACGUUAUUAGCCAACUCUAAGCUGAGCCCGGUGCUUCGUCGAAUGAGCACAGCUCUGUUUGAGAAGAAAGAAUAUUUACGUGAGUGCGUGAGCGGCAUCGGAACCGACUACAGAGGGACCAUCAGCAAGACGAAAUCCGGCCGGAUGUGUCAGCGAUGGGAAAGUUUUUUCCCCCACAAGCCGAACAUCACCCCGAGGACCCACCCGAGAGCCGACCUGGAGAGCAACUUCUGCCGAAACCCGGACGGAGACAAAGACGGGCCCUGGUGCUACACCCUGGACCCCGAGAAGCGAUGGGAGACCUGCGACAUCCAGAACUGCACGGAGGAAUGCAUUCACUGCAGUGGAGAGGAUUACAGAGGGAAGGUCUCUAGCACCGAGAGCGGGUACACGUGCCAACGCUGGGACUCGCAGAAACCGCACAACCACGGAUACACUCCCUCAGCGUUACCAGAAAAAUACCUAGAGGAGAACUUUUGCAGAAACCCGGACGGAGAACCCAGACCCUGGUGUUUCACCACGAAUCCGAACAAGCGCUGGGACUUCUGUGGCAUUCCUCGCUGCACGUCUGCACCACCAGCCAUCGUAACCCAGAUGACCUGCAGUACCGGAGACGGCAACUCGUAUCGGGGCAACAUCGGCGUCACCAUGUCAGGAAAAACCUGCCAGAGCUGGUCAUCCCAGGUUCCUCAUAAACACAACAGGACUCCAGACAAUUACCCCUGCAAAGGUCUGGAUGAGAACUACUGCAGGAACCCUGAUAAUGAGAGGAAUCCCUGGUGUUACACAUCUGACCCAAACACCCGCUGGGAGUACUGCAACGUACCCACCUGUGGUGACGAGCCCCGGCCAGAUGAACCAGUUAUCGCUCCCAUCGAGGACUGUUACGAAGGAGACGGCAGCUCAUACCGCGGAGUCACGUCGGAGACCAUCAGCGGGAAGAAGUGCCAGUUCUGGACCUCCAUGGAGCCUCACAAACACACAAAGACGCCCCAGCAGUUCCCCAACGGAGAUCUGAGACGAAACCUGUGCAGGAACCCUGACGGCGACAGCGCUCCCUGGUGUUACACCACUGACCCCUCUGUACGCUGGGAGUACUGCAAGAUAGAGCGCUGCGGUUCUGAGGCCAAACCGGAGAUCAAACCGGAGGCCAAACCGGAGACCAAACCCGAGAUCCCGAAUCCCACCCCUGUAGAAGUGAAAGAUUGCAAAAUCGGCAACGGAGCCACGUAUCGUGGAGCAAUAUCGACCACGGCGUUAGGAGUGGCCUGUCAGGACUGGAACACCAUGAGCCCUCACUCUUCCAGCUUCACCACCUCUUUGUACCCCGACAGGGGUCUGGAGUCUAAUAAAUGCCGAAAUCCAGACAACGACGUGAACGGACCCUGGUGUUACACUAAAGACCCUGCAAAGAAGUGGGACUAUUGCGCAGUUCCAGAUUGUGAACAGAACACUUUGGAGUGCGGCCAGCCAGCGGUCAAACCACGACGCUGCUUCGGCAGGAUCGUAGGAGGAUGCGUGUCUAAAGCUCACUCCUGGCCUUGGCAAAUCAGUCUCAGGACAAGCUCCGGCUUCCACUUCUGCGGAGGAACUUUAAUCAAACCUCAGUGGGUCCUGACGGCGGCGCACUGCCUCGAAAAAUCCACGAGACCCUCGGCGUACAAGGUGUACCUGGGAAUCCAUACAGAGAAAGCAACAGAGUCGUCCAAACAGGUCAGGGACUUGUCCAAGAUCAUACUGGAACCAACGGGAAAAGAUAUCGCUCUUCUCAAACUGGACAGACCAGUAACUAUAAAUGAUAAGGUGUUGACCGCGUGCUUGCCUGAGAAAGACUUCAUCGUGCCAAGUGGAACAGAAUGUUACGUUACAGGAUGGGGUGAUACACAAGGAACGGGCGGGGACGGUAUCCUAAAGGAGACCGGCUUCCCGGUUAUUGACAACAAAAUAUGUAACCGUCCGGCCUACCUGAACAACCGAGUGAAGGACCACGAGAUGUGUGCUGGAAACAUCGAAGGAGGAAGUGACAGCUGUCAGGGUGACAGUGGCGGUCCACUCGUGUGCUUCGCACAGAAAAGCUUCGUCCUGCAGGGUGUCACGUCGUGGGGUCUCGGCUGCGCCAACGCCAUGAAGCCGGGCGUGUACGCUCGCGUUUCCAAGUUCAUCGACUGGAUUGAAAGCACAACGAAGCUAAAUUGAGUAGAAAUUCGUUUUACGUCGGAGGAUUUUCUUCAGCACGGUGAACUCUUUACAGCCUUAUAGAACACGAUCCAUGUUGUUGCCUUAAUUUUGUUUUAAUAACAGAAAUGAUCAAACAUUUAUAGUCGUUUCAAACAUUAAAUGUAAACAAAGAAA